AAUCGACCAUGAAAAACUCUGAUCAGAUGAGUAGCGUUAUACCUUUUAAACAUCACUGUACCGGUAUUAUUUUUUCAUAUUAUAUUUAAUUUCAUCAGCUGCAAUUCUUGAGUUUGUAAUGACAGUUGUUUGGAUAAGAAAUUCUAACUUCACUUGAGUUUGACAUUUUUUUGUAAAUGAUUAUUCUCGUAUAUUAAUUAAAACAAGAACAAUGAGAAACUAUUCAAAAUUUCCCAGCCAAGACAUACAAGAUGAACUGGAAACAAUAGCCAAAUCACUCUUGACACCAGGAAAAGGAAUACUAGCUUCAGAUGAAUCAGUUGCUUCAAUAGGUAAGCAUUUUGCAAAAAUAAAUGUGGAGAAUAAUGAGGAAAACAGGCUCCGUUAUCGCCAUUUAUUAUAUUCUGCUGAUCCAAGUAUAUCAGAAUAUAUAUCGGGUGUAAUUUUGUUCCAUGAUACAGUCUAUCAGAAAUCAGAAUGCGUCCCCCUCAUCCAGUUAUUGAAGGAUCGUAAUAUAAUACCAGGGAUAAAGGUUGACAAGGGACUGGUUCCGUUAUUUGGUACCGAUGGCGAGUUUUCAACGCAAGGACUUGAUAAGUUGGCAGAACGCUGUGAAGAGUACAAGCAGUAUGGCUUACAUUUUGCUAAAUGGCGAUGUGCGUUGAAAAUUGGAGCGACAACACCGUCGCAGCAAGCAAUAGCUGAUGUGGCAAAUAUUCUGGCCAGAUACGCAGUGGUUUGUCAGGCGAGUAGGCUGGUUCCCAUAGUAGAGCCUGAGGUACUGGCCGAUGGCAAGCACGACCUUUGCAGAGCUCAGAAAGUGUUGGAGGUUGUGAACGCUGCUGUCUUUGAAGCCCUCAACCGACAUGGAGUGUUUUUGGAGGGAUGUCUGUUAAAAACAAACAUGGCCACUCCUGGAAGGGAUUUUCCGCGGAAAGCGACACCAGAACAAGUUGCCUGUGCUACAGUUACCGCUCUCCUGCGCACCGUACCGCCAGCGUUGGCAGGGAUAGUCUUUCUUUCCGGAGGCCAAAGCGAGGAAGAAGCCACGGUUAACCUUAAUGCCAUCAAUAAAGUACAAGGACGUACACCUUGGACAAUGACAUUCAGUUAUGGCCGUGCUCUACAGGCUUCUGUUCUUGAUGCUUGGAAAGGGAACGAUAAUAAUAUUGCGUGUGCUCAACAAAUUCUUUUGAAGAGAGCGAUGGCCAAUGGCUUAGCUUCAGUUGGGCAGUAUCAAUCUGAUUCAACAAUAAUCGAUGGACAAAUGUCAGGCAAAGCUCUUUUUGUAGAGGACCACAAUUAUUAAACAACAUUUAACUUGAAGUUUUCUUUACUCACUUUUUCAAAAUGAUAAAAAAUCUACUAUUAAAUAGGCCUAUAGGCCCAUUACAAGCCCAUAAAAUAGACCUAUUACACAAGUAAGGUGUCAUUUGUAAGUGCAAUAACUGAAAUGUGCGAGUAUUUCAACUUUCGGUUAUUUGUAUUUAUUAAAUAAAAUCAUCAAAAUCAUUCCAAAUAUUGUCAACUGAACAUAUUGCAAUUCUAAUCUCCUUUCCUUUUACAUUUGAAACCUAAUUAAACAGAAUCUUCUAGAUUAUGUUGACCUAAAUCUCUCAGCCUUUACCUGUUAAGCUGUGUACAGACAUUUGCGCCACAAACACGCGCAUUUCAUCAGCUGUUUAUAUCUGUAUUUGUAAAGAAACGGUAAUACGCAAAUAUAAUAAGCUUAGCAACAGCUGAUAAAAAACGAAAUGCGCAUGUUCGUGGCGCAAAGUCUGAACGCAGUGAUUCAAUGAUUUUUAUUUGAGCCAGAGUACAUCUUUAGACCUCUAGAUAAACUAAAACCAUAGAGAAACAAUAGCGUAACUUAUGCUAUUGUUUCUCUAUGCUAAAACUCCAAACAGUUGUUUCUGCAGCUUUUAGCAUAAAUAUUGCUAUGUUGAGAUUUUCUUAAGGCUGUAGGCUUACUAUUACACAAUUCCUAGCAUUCCUAACAGUAUAAAAGUUUACGUUAGCUGAAACACACCUUUCCAAACUGACACUCAAAUGAAAUGAGACAAAAAUAAUGUACAACAAUACAUUGCUCUUAUUGAAAUUUAUAUUAUCUCAAUAAAAAAUGCACAUUAAAAGAAAAUCAAUUUGAGUACAAAACACAGCAGUCUCGAUUGCAUAAAAUAAUAAAAUGUAAUAAGUUAGCACAAAAAUAAAUAUUAUCAAUUCAGUUAUAAGAAUCAAUACAAAACUAAAACUUCCGAGGUAUCGGUUAUAAUACACUCAAUAAAUAAUUAUAUAAACGUUCCAAAAACUAUGUAAAUUAUGAUCUAUAGAGAAACAUUAGGUUGGCCUACGUUACACAAAUAUUUACAAUAUAAAUAGACUAUUUUUUUCACUCUUGUCAUGCAAUAAAUAUAACAAUGAAUAAUAAUUAACAAUAACAAAACUUACUCUAACUGCAAAUCUAUUGUUCUAUAUAUCACACACGUGUAAGUAAAUACUAUUAAAUCAUUAUUCAGUAUUAAAAACUCCAAAGGUGACUUGAUUAUACCGAUGAUUAUGUUGUUUGUGAUAAUUGAAUAGAUAUGUUUAUAAGUUUGUAAGAAUUAGUGCGCUGAAGUGAGAAUUUAUGAUAUGCAAACAGUGAAAGUAGUUAUAAAGUGCGUUUAGAGACUGAUAAUUUGAGACCAUAUAAAUCUCAAACAGAACAAUAAAACAUAAUUCAUUUUUACAAAACAAUUCUGCCACAAAACAAUACAGCUUUGGUAUAAAAAGAGAGCUUAUAUGAGGGGUUAAAACACGUGAAUCUACUACUCUUCAAAGAUAUUCUUGGCGGUAGCAUCCCUACACAAAAUAAUUUCCAGGUAAUCAAGGUCAUAAAAACUGCCAAUUUUUGGAAAUGUAAAAUGUCUAAUAAAGUUACAAAAAAGUGGAAUCUUUUUUUAGAAGAGCAUAAUUUGUACUUAUAUUUUUAUAAACAUUUAGGCCUCUAUACACGAUACUCUUAGGAGAGAGUGCAGUUAUGUAGAUCAAUGCAGAUGGAUUGUAUUGGGUUAUCCGAUAGUGAGGUCAAAUCCAAAAUCAUCUUCAAAUUUACAUUUUAUGAAUUUGAUGCAUUUAAACGGCUCCAUCUAAAACUGUUUAGAACUCUCUUGAACACAUCUUAAAGUUUCAAUUUCACAUAGACUUUUAACUUAUAAAACUCGAUACGAGAAAUAUUUAUACAACAAUAAAUACAUAUCUUAUAAUUACAAACUAAUAUGAAGAGUGAGAGAAUCUCUAUAAAAUUUGAGACUUGAAUUUUUUUCAUAAAAUUGUGACAGUGAAAAUGUAUGGAUCGUUCGAAAAUUCAGUACAAAUAUUCUGUUGCAUUACUGUAAUUCACAUUAUUGUAUAAGUUAUUCUGGAAAAGAUAGUAGUUUCCAAGUAAAACAAAACUACCAGUAUAAUAGUAAUAGUAAUAGUGAUAUAACAUAGCUAUAUCAGAAACUGUUCUAUGAACUGAUAAUUAAAAAACAAAUAUCGGAAAGUAUCUAAAAGGCUAUCAAAAUAAAUAGCUACACUGAGUUAGAAGUCUUCCUUGAAAUGGCACUUUAUACAAGUUUGAAUAAUCGAAAUUCAAUAUUCUAUUAAGGAACAAAAUAAUUGACAAUGGUUGAAAGUUCUUCUAAGCAACCUACUGAACUAGAACACAUUCAACUUGAUUUCUUCACUCUAAACUUUAAAACUUAAGCUCGAUAACCUAUUCUUAAUUAAUUUAAAAAAGGCGCUCAAUUUUAAUUAUUUGCAGUAGAACUUAUUCUGCCAAUAAGUUGAAAAGUAUAAUCAACUAGAACAUUUUUAAUUGAAUGCUUUGAGUUGAAUCUGAACUAUGAGUACUAAGUACCAGCACUUGCUUUAUCAUGUCAGUGAAUUACACUUGAUAAGUGCUGGAGUAGCCUACAACCUACGCCAAUCGUUCUCUACCAUUCAAUCAUUGAUUCGAUCGAAAAAGACAAAGCCCAUAAUAUACAAAGCCCAUAAUUAACAGUUUCAUAUGGUUGAUCAUCAAUUAGAAAUACAGUAGUUCGAGAUGGACUGAAACCUUUAUGAUCAUGUUAAGCACAAAAACAAGUUAAACAGGCAAGGGAACAGAUGCAUUAAUUAUCUUCUCACUAGUCAUAUAAUGGAUUAUUACCAUUAUUGUUAAAGCCAAUCCGAAAUCCGAAAACACAUAUCUAACUGACACACAUUGAAUAAUUGGAGGACAAUAAUGUCCAGGUGAGUUGGAACCAUUAACUAAUAAUACAGAUUGGCAUUGGUAUUUGAUACCAAAGUUAGAAAAAACUAGAUAUUUCAAGAGUUCUCAAAAAAACUAAAUAAUCGAGAUACAUAAUACUUGUAGAAAAAGAAGCCUUGCUUCAUAACCUUUCUGCCAGGUAUUUUUAAAUCAAACUCCAUCAAUUUCGAGUAAUUUUAUUACUCUUUGGAAAACCUGUGAUGAAUCUGAUGUAUAUAUUUAAUAUAUAUUCUAUAUAAUACCUCAGAGGCAUUGCACUUGAUAAUAAUAAAUAUAAUAUAUUUCAACAUUUUUAUAUUCAUGAAGCCAGUAAAUUGGAAUAUUGCAGUUAAUUUAGAAAUGAGCUCAGUAAAAACUUGACUUGAUUGUAUAAAGUAGAUUUUCAAGUUGAUUUUACAAUGAAUAACGAAUAGUUAAAACAAACGUUUGAAGAGAAUAGAGAGAAGUACUAACUCUCUAACAGGGGAUACUUGUAUACAAUUGUUACAUUUCAAUUUGCAUAAAAGAUGUGACGACAGUCCUCUAGACUAACGGGCGGUUGCACAAGCGAAGAUAAAAAUUAUUUAUCUCCGAUCACUCGCAUAUUAAGCCUUGAGUGACGUUUUUAGGCCGGUAGAAGAUGAAAUGCCUAGUCCAUAAUUACGUUGGCCCUGUCGCUGGCCCAGUCUGGUAACCCAACGUAGGCCUGUGAAGGACAGUGCUGGCAAACCACCGAUCCACACACUGGCGCUGGUCGUCAUUGGUCUUUAUUGGGCCAACAUGUGGAUGUAGCAUUAAAAAUGCUAAACUCUACUGGAACACAAGAGUUUGACGCAAAUGUACUUAUAGAAAAAUAUUAAAAUGGUCCACUUCUUCCAAGAUAUGGGUAGUUUUCUGUUACGUACUGAAAAA